AUGUACCUGCAAACAACGAGAAGACAAAUGAUCAGAGCAACUCUGCCCAUCGCAGGCAGCGAACGUGAAAGAGGCAGUGGAAUUUCGUCGGACACAGAGAGAGAGACAGAAAGACUUAAAGACACUUGGACGUGGAAUGAUGUUCCUCUUCAACACUUGGCGGUUCAUGAUACUAAAAAGUGGGUUACCAGAGAUGAAGUGGAGGAAGCUAACGAUUAUCAUACGUGGUGUAAAUGGGUUCCGUCUAAAUGCAAUAUCUUCAUGUGGAGAAUUAGUUUAGACAGGAUUCCCACGAAACAGGCUCUUAGUAGACGGAACAUAUGGGUCGGAGAUCUCAAGUGUAGCCUCUGUGAAGACGGUGAAGAAACGACUGAUCAUGUAUUCACUUCCUGCCCGGUUGCUGAUGGCGUAUGGUCCGGUAUUGCGCAUUGGUGCCAUCUUCCUCCUAUUUUUCUGUUCUCGGUCAAAGACAUUCAAAGCUUAGCGGAUCAGACGAGAUUUAGGGCAGGCAAAAAAGACCUUCUGCUCGGCAUCUUCAUUCUCACGUGUUGGAGGUUGUGGAAGGCUAGAAACGAGAAGGUUUUCAAGGCGGCGAAAGUUCAAAUUUGUAACAUUAUUGCGGAUGUUAAAUCUCUUAGUUUUCUAUGGUUUAAUAGUAGGGCCAAGAAGGAUAGGGUAGAGUGGAAGGAGUGGAAUCGCUUUGCUUUUGAUGUAACGUAUCGGUUUCUGUUUUGUGUCCCUCGUCUUUCUCCAUCUUGGAGAUAG